GCCUCUGAACCCUUUCAACACACUCAACUUUCGCAUGCUUAAAGCAACAUGGUCAGCUGCAUUGAGCAUCCUGCUGGUGGCUAUAAGAGGAUCUUUGAGUCGUGUGAAGAGUUAGCUGAGCCCAUCCCUGCCCAUGUUACUGGGGGUUUUACUCUCAGUUUUAUGAAGACUCAGGGUUCUCAGAAUGUGCUUAUUGGAACGGGUCAUCGUUUCCUCCAGGUGUUAUUCCAGCAUGGCUGAAUGGUAGUCUGCUUCGUCUGGGACCUGGGCUCUUUGAGAUUGGAGAUGAACCUUUUUACCAUCUUUUUGAUGGCCAGGCACUCAUGCACAAGUUUGACUUGAAGAAUGGGAAAGUCACUUAUUAUCGCAGGUUUCUCAGAACAGAUGCUUAUGUACGAGCUAUGACAGAGAAAAGGAUUGUGAUCACUGAAUUUGGCACUACAGCCUACCCAGAUCCCUGCAAAAACAUCUUCUCCAGGUUUUUCACUUACUUCCAAGGCAUUGAAGUAACUGACAACUGCCUAGUCAAUGUGUACCCUAUUGGUGAGGACUUCUAUGCCUGCACAGAAACCAACUUUAUUACCAAAGUCAAUCCAGACACUCUGGAAACAGUAAAGAAGGUGGACUUGUGCAAUUAUCUCUCAAUCAAUGGUGCAACUGCACACCCACACAUCGAACAAGAUGGCACUGUGUACAACAUUGGAAACUGUUUUGGAAAGAACAUGUCAUUGGCCUACAACAUCAUCAAAAUCCCUCCAGCACAGAAAGGCAAAUCUGAUCCCAUUGAGAAGUCCAAAGUUGUGGUGCAGUUCCCCAGCAGUGAGAGAUUCAAGCCAUCUUAUGUUCACAGCUUUGGUAAGACAGAGAAUUACUUUGUGUUCAUCGAGACCCCAAUAAAGAUUAACCUCUUGAAAUUCCUGAGUUUGUGGAGCAUCAUGGGGACAAAUUACAUGGACUGCUUUGAGACAAAUGACAAGAUGGGAACAUGGUUUCACUUGGCCACCAAACAUCCUGGAGAAUAUAUUGACUACAAAUUCAGGACAUCUACCUUCAGCGUCUUUCAUCACAUAAACUGCUAUGAAGACCAGGGUUUCAUAGUGGUGGACCUGUGCACCUGGAAAGGGUAUGACUUUGUGUAUAACUACUUGUACCUGGCAAACCUGAAGCAGAACUGGGAAGAGGUGAAGAAAGCUGCCAUGAGAGCACCACAGCCAGAAGUACGAAGAUAUGUGCUUCCUCUGGAUAUCUACCGAGAAGAGCCAGGAAAGAACUUGAUCUCGCUGUCAUACACCACAGCCACCGCUGUCUUGCGCAGUGAUGGGACUAUCUGGCUUGAACCUGAGGUUCUAUUCUCAGCACCACGGCAAGCUUUUGAGUUUCCUCAGAUCAACUACAGUAAAUACAGUGGGAAAGAUUAUACAUUUGCUUAUGGACUUGGACUAAACCACUUCAUUCCUGAUCGAAUUUGUAAGCUGAAUGUGAAAAGCAAGGAAACCUGGGUUUGGGACAAACCGGACUCAUAUCCAUCUGAGCCUCUGUUCGUGCAAAAUCCAGAUGCUCAAAAUGAGGAUGAUGGUGUUCUCCUGACCAUUGUGGUAAAUCCAGGGGCUUCCAAGCAUCCAGCCUACCUCCUAAUACUCAACGCCAGAGAUUUAACUGAAAUAGCACGUGCUGAGGUUGAUGUUAUCAUUCCAGUCACUUUGCAUGGCAUGUACAAAGCAUAGAUAGCCAGGGACAAUAGGUAACAAUGUUCAGACCCAUAAUGGUCCCAGAUCCUCAGUUUGAUAUGCUAAAUAAGAUGGUUGAAUGGUUGGGAGAGUCAAUAGCCUCAUAAAAUCAUAGAAAAAUGAGAUUUCUAUGGCUCUAUGGAUGCACUGCCUUGGACAGGAAACCAGACAAACCAAUGCUUUCUAUUGACUCUGCAGAACCACUUACAUUAGGAGGCCAUGCUAGCACAGGUAUACAGAGCUUAACUAUAAUAACUAAAAAUUUGUGUUUUUUACAGGCACAAAUGUGAAUGCAAGCAGUGCUGUUGAUUUAGUUUCUUGCUGAGCAAAACACUAAUAAAUUACUAGAAAGUAAAUUACUAGUACUGUUUAAAAUAUACUACCAUGACCAUGUAGAGGUCUAUCUAACUGGAUCCAAUAACUUGUAUAUUCAAUUGUGACUUGUGAUCAGCACAGUUUGUGAAUAGUUCUGGUUCACAUUAUUAAAAAAACAUUUUGCUGUUCAUGUAAUACUCUUGACAGUUAUGUUGUUUGGCAAUGAUAGCCUGCUGUCAAUGAACUACACUUCUUGGUGGAAGAACUGUUUAUUGUAAAUGUUAUCAAUGAUGAUAUUGGUAUAUUUUUACCAUACUGUACUUUGUAAGCAUUUCAUAAAAGCAAAAACAUUUAAAACUGA